AUGGGUAAAAGUAAAAGGUUGUGUAUAGUCAAAACUGGUGGGCUUGAACAACAAAACACUGAAGUGGAGCCUCAUACUGAAGAACAACAAGCAAAUGUAAAUGAAGCUACUGACAAUGUACAAUCUGAUUCAGGCCCACCAAAAAAGGUUCGGCGUCAUACUGUAAAACAAGCAAUUUGGGAUUUAGAAAGUGAUGAGCGGAUUGAGGUUACUUUUAACGAGUUAGGACAGCCAGUUGGGGAUGAGGGAAAAGAGUUCACUAGUUUUUUGGGGACAUUAGUGAAGAUGUCGAAUCACCUCUCAAUAGAAUAUCUACAUUGGAGGACAAUACCUGAAGAUAAAAAAGAUGACUUGUGGAACCUCGUGAAGGGCCGAUUUAUUUUUGUACCCGCUGAAAAUGAUAAAGUUAAGGACUGGGUGUUGUCUGAUAUGGGAAUAAAAUUCAAGUCAUGGAAAUAUGAGUUAAAAAAGAAGUGGUUUGAUUCAAGCUCAACGAUAAAUGGUAUUGUAGCUGCCCAAAAUGAUCCGAGGGUUGAUAAAGAACAAUUUAAGAAGCUAGUGACUUAUUGGUUUAAAGACAAAGUUCAGGUGGAAAGUGAGAUGAAGAGAAAGAUUCGUGGCAAGUUUAAAGAGCCUCAUGUGAUCGGAACCAAAUCUUUUGCUAGGUUGAUUCAUGAUGAGACAAAAAAGACUGGUGUUCGACCAUCACGGGGGAAAGUGUAUUGUCUAACCCGUACACGUGAAAAUGGAGAUAUCGUGAAUGAGGUGGCAACAGAAGUUGUGGGUAAAUUGAAAAGUUUAGAGAAUGGGUCUACUAGUUCUACUAAAGGAGUGGAUCUUAAUUGGAAAAAUGAUGACUUGGCAAAGGUCAAAGGACCAGAGAAAGGAGGUCGUGUUCGAUGCUUGGGAAAAGUUGUAAUAGCAAAAGAUAAAGGAUCUUGUUUGUCACAAGAUCCUCAAAUACCCGUAUUGAAGGCUCGUAUCAAUGAGCUUGAAGACAAAAUGAAAGAAAUGGAUGAAUCGAAAGAAAGACAAGAUGCUGAAAUGAAGGAAUUAAAAGAUAGACAGGAAGUUAUGAUCCAAUUUAUGGCUCUUAUUAAAGACCAAUUACCUAAUUCAGAUCUUGCUAACAUUUUUAAAGGUCUAAACACACAGGUUGCUAGUGAUUCGUCUAGCGUGUAUAAUCAUUCUUCUACAGAAAACCCAACAUCUUCUCGUGCAAGUCAUAACAGUUCUUGAAGACAUGGUUUUCUCCUAUCUUAACAGUGUAAAUGGCAAUUCUGGCAGAAGCAAGUUCCAGAAGCCAAGAGUAGAAUACUUGAAGACUUCACCAUCAAGCAUGUAUGUAGUUAUCGAGUUAUCUUGAUAUAGUAAUCCAGGAGCCUAUUUGAGUUGUUUUGUGUUUCUUAUUGAAGUUACUACUUUGGAUUAAUAUUGUAUUGUUUGCCAUGUGAAAUAAACUACAUUAUAAUUCA